GGGAAAGCUGAGAUAAGAGUCAUAACGUGGCAGUUCAGGAUUGGUGGAAACUACAGAAAGUUGUGGACUUGGGGCCAGAGGGGUCAAAGACUCUGAAGAAGCUAGAUGUGACCAACCAUGCACACAGGUGAGGGGCCCCAUAUGCCAGACAGAGACAACAAGGCCGCAAUGGGCUCAGAAGACAUGCAUGAAAGCAAAGUCAGCAUGGAGUCUCAGGACACACUUCAGGAUGCACAGCCUCGACCACUGUUCCAUAGCAUCAAGUUCUUUGUCCUGUGUCACAGUAUACUGCAACUGGCGCAGCUCAUGAUCUCUGGCUACCUCAAGAGUUCCAUCUCCACCGUGGAAAAGCGCUUUGGACUGUCCAGUCAGACCUCAGGGCUGCUAGCUGCCUUCAACGAGGUAGGGAGUGUAUCCUUGAUCUUGUUUGUGAGCUACUUUGGCAGCCGAGUUCACAGGCCCCGUAUGAUUGGCUGUGGGGCUAUCCUGGUGGCCCUGGCAGGCCUGUUGAUGGCACUCCCGCACUUCCUCUCGGAACCGUACCGCUAUGACAACUCUGAAGAUAAGUCGCAGGACAUGGAAGCUUCCCUAUGCCUACCCACAACUGUGGCUCCAGCCUCUGGCCCCUCCAAUGACAGUUGUUCCAGCCGCACAGAAGCCAAGCAUCUUACAAUGGUGGGGAUCAUGUUCACAGCGCAGACCCUGCUGGGCAUAGGUGGUGUGCCCAUACAGCCCUUUGGUAUCUCCUACAUUGAUGACUUUGCCCACCACAGCAACUCACCUCUCUACCUUGGGAUCCUGUUUGCAGCUACCACGAUAGGGCCCGGCAUGGCCUAUGGCCUGGGCAGCCUCAUGCUGCGUCUUUAUGUGGACAUUGACCGGAUGCCAGAAGGAGGUAUCAACUUGACCCCCAAAGACCCCCGAUGGGUAGGCGCCUGGUGGCUGGGCUUCCUCAUCUCUGCUGGAUUGGUGGUACUGGCUGCCAGCCCCUACUUCUUCUUCCCCAGGGAGAUGCCCAAGGAGAAACAUGAGCUUCACUUUAGGCGCAAGGUCUUGACUGGUACAGCCUCCAUCGUCAGCAAGGGUGAGGAGCUCGCCUCUCAACAUGAGCCCUUAAAGAAAGAGACUGGAAUGCCCCAGAUUGCCCCGGACUUGACUGUGGUCCAAUUUAUCAAAGUCUUCCCCAGCGUGCUGCUGCGGAUGCUGCGCCACCCCAUCUUCUUGCUGGUCGUCCUGUCCCAGGUGUGCACCUCAUCCAUGGUGGCAGGCAUGGCCACCUUCCUGCCUAAGUUCCUGGAGCGCCAGUUUUCCGUCACAGCCUCCUUUGCCAACCUGCUCCUUGGCACCCUGGCUAUCCCCUUGGCCAUUGUGGGCAUCGUGCUGGGAGGCAUCUUAGUCAAGCGUCUCCAUCUGAGCCCCAUGCAGUGCAGCGUCCUCUGCCUGCUGGGGUCGCUGUUGUGCAUGGUGCUCAGCUUGCCACUCUUUUUCAUCGGCUGCUCUACUCAUCAGAUUGCAGGCAUCACCCAGAACCUGGGUGCCCAGCCAGAGCCAAGCCUGUUUCCUGGCUGUGCAGAACCCUGUUCCUGCCAAUCGGAUGACUUUAACCCUGUUUGCGACACCAGUGCCCACGUGGAAUACAUCACACCCUGCCAUGCGGGCUGCACGGGUCAUGUGGUCCAGGAGGCUCUGGGAAAAAGCCAGGUUUUCUACACCAACUGCAGCUGCAUAGCAGGAGGUAGCUCUGUGCCUGCAGGUUCCUGCGAGUCGGCCUGCAGCAACCUGGUGCUGCCCUUCAUUCUCCUGACCAGCCUGGGAGCGAUGGUGGCCAGCAUCACCCAUACACCUUCCUUCAUGCUCAUCCUCAGAGGAGUGAAGAAGGAAGAUAAGAUCCUGGCAGUGGGGAUGCAGUUCAUGCUCCUGAGAAUACUGGCCUGGAUGCCCAGCCCUGUGAUCCAUGGUAGUGCCAUCGAUACCGCCUGUGUGCACUGGGCCCUGAGCUGCGGGCGACGAGCCGUCUGCCGCUACUAUGACCAUGACCUGCUACGAAGCCGGUUCAUCGGCCUCCAGUUCUUCUUCAAAAGUGGGUCCCUGGUGUGCUUUGCCUUAGUGGUGGCCAUCUUGAGGCAGCAGAACAAAGAGGCCAGCGUCAAGGCCACUGUGAAGAGCACUGACCUACAGCAACUGUAAGCAUCAGAUCCAGAGCAGAAACCCAAGGAUCCAGGAGGUCAACAGUCCCAACCCCACCCUGGCCAGGCAUGGCAGGCACAGCCAUGGCAUCGUCAGAGCCCUUUACCCAAGAUGGAGCGUCAGAAGUGCCAUGUUCCAAUUCUGAUUCCUCCACUAAACUGUGAAGUGACUUUGAGCAAGCUUCUAACCAA